GACCAGCUGCACCUCUCCAUUCUCAGCUGGAUCACCUAUUUUGGAUUGUCUCUAUCCUUGCUGUGCCUCCUGGUGUCAAUUGUGACCUUCUUCGGCUGCCAGGCCAUUCAAAACAUCAAUACUACCAUCAAGGCACACUUGUGUCUGAAUCUGUUCCUGGCAGAACUGCUAUUCCUGGUAGCAAGCUCCAUCGACACAUGCACGGUUUUAUGUGCCACCGUUGCCGGCGGAUUACACUAUUUGUUCUUGGCUGCCUUCUUUUGGAUGUGUCUGGAAGCUGUCCAGCUCUGCCUCAUGGUGCUCAAUCUCAAAGUGGUGAACUUCUCCCGUACCCGUGUCAUUCCCCGGAGACUGAUGUACCCCAUCGGCUACGGGUGCCCGGCAGUCAUUGUGAUCGUGACUGCCGCGGUCAAUGCCAAAGGCUAUGGGACCGACCGAAUCUGUUGGUUAAAUCUGGAAAGAGGCUUUAUAUGGAGUUUCCUGGGACCUCUCUGCUUCAUCCUUUUG